CCGUUGGUGGACCCAACUGAACCCCCCUCAUCAAGUAAAGGAUAAAGUGGGCGAGACAAGUCCAUUUUGUGUGGCCGGAACUUGAACAGGGAAACAACAACUGAACGAACAAUCUCCCUCUCUCACACACCCACAAAAAUGGCUGCCCCGGUGAAGGUGUACGGACCACCAUUGUCGACUGCAGUUUCGAGGGUGCUUGCUUGUCUGCUCGAGAAAGAUGUGGAGUUUCAGCUCGUCCCUGUCAACAUGGCCAAAGGGGAGCACAAGAAACCUGACUAUCUCAAGAUCCAGCCCUUUGGCCAAGUCCCUGCAUUCCAAGAUGAGAGCAUCACCAUUUUCGAGUCCAGAGCGAUCUGUCGCUACAUCUGCGAGAAGCAUGCGGACAAGGGCAACAAGAGCUUGUACAGCACGAAUCCGCUGGUCAAGGCCUCCAUAGAGCAAUGGCUAGAGGCCGAGGGCCAGAGUUACAACCCUCCGUCCUCGACUCUGGUUUUUCAGCUAGCGUUUGCGCCCCGGGUGAAUAUAAAGCAAGAUGAAGCACAGAUCAAACUGAAUGACCAGAAGCUGUCAAAGGUGCUCGACAUUUACGACCAGAGACUGGAGAGCAGCAGGUUCCUGGCGGGUGACGAGUUCACUCUGGCCGAUCUGUCACACUUGCCAAACACGCACUACUUGGUGACCGUGGGGAAUCGGGGAGAGGCCUUCAGCUCGAGAAAGAAUGUCGACCGGUGGUGGAAUGAGAUCUCGAGCCGAGACUCGUGGAAGAAAGUUGUGGAGAUGCAGAAGAGCAAGUGAGAAUCUGGGUUUGGUUGGCUCUAUGCAAAACGGGAUUUUGCUAUUGAAUUCGAGUUCUUGCUUGGGGGAGUUUUUUGUGGCUUUCGAUCAUACUGUUUCUGCAAUUUUAGAUUUCUUCAUGUUUCAUAUGCGAUCAGUGUUCAUUUCAAUUUGA